UACUGUGAGAGCUGUGAUUGGUCACAGCUUGUCACAUGGUACAAGGCUGUUGUGAAUAGCCUUGUACCAUGUGAGCCUUGUACGUGUGACAGAUUUCGCACUUAGUAAGCAAUGAUGCCAAUCAGUGAUCCAAUCAGCCAAUGAGCCAAUCAGUGAUCACAUGUUCGGGACCUCACACAGAGGUCCCAUACAGCGAUUGGUGUUCCCAGGGAGCGUGCACGGGCUGUAAAUGCAGGCACCAUAGAAAGCAGCAUGUCCAUGCUGACAGGAGAGAGAUCCGUGUUGUUUACACACAGAUUUUCUCCCCUCUCAGC